GAGACGGGCCAAUCAUAGACUGAAUACAACCCGUCUAUGGGGCUAAGGGGGGGUUAAUGUCUUUAGAAAGACAGGUCUACGCACCUAGAGGACUUCCCUAUACAGUUGGAAACCAUGGCGGUCCUUCGCAGCCUCCGUGUGCUCCUCCUCGCCCUCUGUGUGUUCAUGAUAACGGCUGCUGAUGGAAACAGUCCAGUGAAGGUGGAAGAAGGCCGUGAUGUGGUUUUACCCUGUUCCCUCAGCUCCAAGGAGAACAUUGAGUCAAAGCUGUUUGACUGGAAGAAAGAGGGUAAAAUGGAGGUGUUCAUAUAUGAAGGAGGCCUUACUUAUGGUAAUGGAUAUACAGGUCAAGAUAAACAGUUUGUAGGUCGAGUCUCACAUUUUCCAGAAGAACUGAAGAACAGCAACGCCUCCAUAAAGAUCACAAAAACCAAGAAGUCUGACAGUGGAAACUACACCUGUGAUUUUCCUAGACUUCAGCCCAGACAGACGUUCAACAUUCAGCUUGUUGUUGGUCAGAGAGUCAUCGUGUCUGUGGAAGAAGGAGGAGAUGCUGUGUUACCAUGUUCCCUCAGCACCAAGGAGAACAUCGAGAACAUGGUGUUUGACUGGAAGAAAGACGAUCAGAAGGAGGUGUUCUUUUACGAUAAAGGCAAGCAUUACAACAAGGGCCGAACAGGUCAAGAUGAGCACUUCAAAGGACGAGUUUUUCAUUUUGAAGAUGAGCUGAAACAUGGAAACGCCUCCAUUAAAGUCACUAAAACAAAGAUGGCCGAUAAUGGGAGCUACACCUGUAUCUUCCCAAAUAAACAAAUCUCCUACAUCCAGCUGUUUGUAGGUGCAGCUCCUGAACCAUCAGUCACAAUCCUGGAUCAAUCAAAGGACUGGUCUCUGCUUCAUUGUGUCGUUAAAGGAGCUUCUCCUAAACCUGCCGUGGAGUGGAGGAACAGUUCUGGAAACAUCAUUCAGUCUAAAGAAGCACAGGUCACAGAAAGAGGAGGCAGCUACGACAUCAUCCUCCAAACUACUGUGACCAAGACCGACAACUACAGCUGUGUAGUUACACAGGAGGAGAUCCACCACCAGACUGAGGCCAAGAUCUUCGUACACAUCAGUGGUGCAUCCUCAAAGCCGUCUGUCACCAGCCUUAAAUCCGAGAGAGGAGCUCUGCUGCGGUGUGAGGUGUAUGGAGCUUCUCCUAAACCUGUCGUAGAGUGGAGGGACAGUUCUGGAAACAUCCUUCAGUCUGAAGAACCACAGGUCACAGAAAGAGGAGGCAGCUACAACAUCAUCCUCCAAACUACUGUGACCAAGACCGACCACUACAGCUGUGUAGUUACACAGGAGGAGAUCCACCACCGGUCUCAAACUGAGAUUUAUGUGACUCCUAAUGGUGAGUCCUCUACUGGAUGGAUUGUUGCUGCUGUUGUUAGCACUCUAUUGGUGGUUGGUGUUGUUGUCCAAGCUGUUCUUGUCGCCACAGGUCGAACCAAUUGUAAAAAAGACGAGGAGAAGAGAGAGACCAUCAAAGAAACUGAAUCAGGACUUCUACCCGCAUGAAGUCAGGAGGAUCACAGUGGGUCAUUUCACACCUUUUGGGAUAAGAUACCAACACUGAAACUCAAAACAUUUUCUGAUUCAAUCCUGAGACCAAGUGAAAAGUCAGAACGAGUAUUUAUUUAUUUGUGAUCAUAAAUUUCUAAGGACACACAUAGAUUUUGUUUCUUGUAACUUCUGCUGGCAUGGCUGUAUCCAAAUACUUCCUGCUGUUUUUCAAAUGACUCUUACCUCACUGAUGAUACAUUCUCAGAUUCAUCUUCAUCAUAUCACACUGGAAAAUAUGUAUUUAGAACAAGAUAAUGGAUAAGAGUAAAUGUUUAGGAGUUUAUGGAUGACUUAGAGGCAAGUGAAGGAGUAUUGGACCUGAUCAAACUUCCUGUUUACAUUUUAUGAAGGGAACAAAUCAGAGAGAGAUUAACCAAAAGAUCCUGCUUGACUCAGAAGAGACUAAAUCUCUGUUGUGUGAAGCUUCAGUCAGAGAUGAAACUCUGAACGUCACAGGCAGAGAGGGAGGAACUGAUGUUUGCGUCUUCUUCUGAGCAGCAGCAGGUUUGAUACACCGGAGACAGGAGAUGUUUCAGAGCAGAGAAGUCACACUGCAAGAGAAAAAAGAAAGAAUAUACGAGAGCAAGACAAUCUACAGUAUGAUAAAGGUAUGUUAAGAUACAUAUAUUAGUGAUCUCUGAGUGAAGUCAGAAUCAACCCCCUGUUCCAGCUGAGCCUCAGAGAUCUUGUGAAUGUGCUUCACAUAAAGAGGCAGUGCUCUAAGUUCACUAACGUCAACUCUUCCUCCUGAAGGUGAUGUUUGUUUUCUCUUUUAACGUCCUGUGUUAAAGAAACCUCACCAGGAUGAGGAUGUGAGGAUGUGAGGAGGGUUGUUUACUCACUAAAAAGAAGAUGGAAGGAUCACUUUGCUUCAAUUGUACAUUUUUUGCAUUGAAUUUGUCCAUCACUGAAAUUUAUUUGGAAAAAAUCUGAAUGCAAAUUAAAGAUGAGCUUGAAACUUUUUUUAAAAA